AUGACUGGCGUCAUCGAAGCGCUGCACAUCUAUGAUGAGCACAAGCGCGUCAUCCUCUCCCACACCUACCACUCCCGUCCGCUAUCAGCAGCGCAUCUGCUGCCCCUCUACCUCGACCACCCAGCACCGCGUCCGAACCUGAUAUAUCUACCAAACACCAACCCCCCGACCUUAGUCUUCAGCUUGACCCACGCAGAUAUAUUAUAUCUGGCCACUUCAUCCUCGGAAAUAGAACCUCUCCUCGUCCUCGAGUUUCUCCACCGCAUAGUCGAUGUGCUGGAGGAAUUCCUCGGUGCGCCGGUUUUGGCCCACAAGAUCGAGGCCAACUACGAUGUCGUAGCCCAACUUCUUACCGAGAUGUGCGAUGCCGGCAUAGUCAACACCACGGAGCCCAACGCGCUACGAGAUGUUGUCGAAGUGGAAGGUUUUCUGGGGAAACUGCUGGGAGGUCUGAGUCUGCCCAACAAGCCCGGCCUGGCCCCGGGCCUCAACGCUCCUGCAUUUUCCCCAUUGGCCGCGCAGAAUGGCCCCGCGCUGCCGUGGAGAAGAGCCAACGUGAGGCAUACAUCGAACGAGCUGUACGCCGACGUCGUUGAGACCCUAUCUGUCACUCUGGCUCCCUCUGGCCGACCCAUUGCUGCCUUUGCGAACGGCACCAUCGCCUUUACCUCCAAAGUCUCGGGAGUUCCUGAUAUUACCAUGAACCUCACAGGACGCGAGGGAAAACACAACUUGGCCAAUGUAAUGGAGCUCCCUGUCUUCCACCCUUGUGUGCGGCUGAAUCGAUGGAACACGAGCCCUGGGGAACUAAGCUUCAUCCCUCCCGAUGGGCGGUUCAUAUUAGCGGGUUAUGAGGUUGACCUCCUACCGUUUAGUAAUGGCAAGAGCGGCAGUCUCAGCUCAAAUAGUCUCCAACUGCCCGUCAGCCUGGAGGUCAAGACAGGCUUGGGGCCGACAGGUUCGGAUUUCGAUAUCAGGCUUCAGAUCAACAGGAUCCCCGGCGCGAGAGGUCCCACUGGCCCGUCUGGCAGGGGCGGUGCCUCUGGAGCUAGGACCUUUGGAGGACCGCAAUCUGGCACGGCAGCAGACCCAUCGCUACACGAUGUUGCCGUAACGAUCCCGCUGCCCUCGGAUGUUAGGAACCUCUCCGAUGUGCGGCCUAGUAAAGGCGACGCCACCUAUAACCCCGGGGACAAGUUCUUGGAGUGGCACAUACCACAGAAGGAACUCUCGUCGGGGACGUCUUACUAUAGCCUCAAGGCAACAGUGCUGGGAGCCCUGACGGUCGAGGAUACCCAGGAUGAUCCAACAGGCUUUGGUUUUGGGAAAGACUACUCGUAUGACGAACCUUAUCAAAGUACUGCAUCGCCAACGGCAGUGAAAAAGGAGAGUGUCGGCGAAGACGAGAAGAACACCAAGAAGCUGGAGCAGAACAAGAUUCUGAUGCCCAGUUCUGCAUCCAUCAGCUUCUCGGUCAAGGGCUGGGUUCCUAGUGGCAUCCGGAUCGAAGGGAUUGUUGUGGACACCAAGAAAAGCCGUGGUCUGGGUGAGGGUGUAAAGCCAUACAAGGGUGUCAAGUAUUUGACCAUCACGACCCCCUUGCGCCACCGCGCAGCUGCUUGCUGUUUUCAAUUACCGAGGCACAGAGUUCCACCCAUCUCGAGAUCUCUACGUAGCGCAUCCGCCAUACCGUGGCAGGUCUCGGUCCCUAGGAGCAGUCGCAAGUAUGGAUCGACCACUUCGACUCUGGGUCCGGCCAAGUCGCCACAGAAGGCCAAGACGGCCAUCUUCUUUCCAGGGCAGGGCGUUCAGAAGAUUGGCAUGACAGACCCCUGGGUCGAGGCUUUUCCGCGCACGGCACAAGAUGUCCUGGACGAGAUCGACUCCUUCAUGGGCUACAAGCUCUCUCACCUCAUCCAGAACGGGCCGUCGAACGACCUCACGGCGACCCCGAAUGCGCAGCCUGCCAUCAUGGCCACGAGCAUACUCAUACUUAGAAUACUGGAGCGAGAGUUUGGCUUCAAGGUGUCCGAACGCAUCGACGUCAGUCUGGGCCAUUCCUUGGGAGAGUUUGCGGCUCUCGUGGCCGCCGGCGUGCUCACCUUCCAAGACGCCUUGUACAUGGUACGGAAACGUGCAGAAGCCAUGGCCGACGCCACGAAACGCGCGAGGGACAAGUGGGGAGGCGAGUACGGCAUGGUGGCCGUGGUCACGGAGCCCGAGUAUCUGACCGGUCUCAUUGCAGCGAUAGACGACUUCGUCGGGUACAGAAGUGCCGGUGCCAGGAGCGGCCACGCCGAGGACAUCCCGCCCAUUGAUCAGGUGCUGAUCGCGAACGUGAACAGCAAGAACCAGAUCGUGCUGAGCGGCAAUGUGGAGAAGAUCAAAGAGCUGAUCGCCCAUGUGCGCCAGUUCUUGGGUCAUGAUCCAAGGGCUGUCCGGUUGAAUAGCGACUCGCCCUUCCACUCCCCCAUCAUGCGACCAGCCGUGUCUGUCAUGAAGGAUCUUGUGUCGGGAAAGAGCAGAGUCAAAGGCCGGGAGGAAGAGGAUGUGGUUACGUUUCCGGGAGAGCUGAUGUGUAUCAGCAACGUCAGUGCGAGGCCGUUUACUAGUAAGGAGGACGUCAAAGACCUACUGGCGAGGCAAUGUCUCGAGACGGUGAACUGGUGGGACAGCGUCAAGUAUCUGGAUCAGGAGGCAGGGGUCAGGAGAUGGCUCGGCAUUGGUCCCGGAAAGGUGGGACGAAACCUUGUCGGCAAAGAGGUGGGCAUGAGAGGCAUGGACAAGGUGAAAGGGGGAGGCGUCUGGGCUAUAACAGAUCCUUAUGAUAUCGAAGACGUCCUGAGGGCUCUGGAAAGGACGGAACACCUAGGGGAGCAUGAGAGUUAA